UUUCCGAUGAGUUAGCUAUACUGAUAUUACCAAACCUAGGUAUUUUAAAAGUUUUUCGGAUUCCCCAAUAAUUCCUGCUAAUAUUUACACAAGGAAUUCCAAUUCAGUUUACCUAGAGGGUUUUUUUUAUGUGACCAAAAGUUCAUAUUCAGCUAAAUCUCAUAAACGUGUAUCUUACAAAUUUCCAAGUACCAAUCAGAGAAAAGAUUACAUGUUUCCAAGGAAACCAGUGUCAGAAGCAGGUGCCCUUAUCAGGCGCGGGGCUUCUGGGACCGUCACUCAAGUUCAAAGAGUUCUAUAUCAAAGUAUUGAUCACCAGAAAAAGAUCCCGUAAGACGAGAAAGAUAAUGCAAUACUUGACACUUUCUAAAUCGGCUUGUUUGGGCACGCAGGAUUGAUUGAAUGGAAGAUUUAGCUCCGGGGGUAAACAAAAUAGACUCUCAAAAAGAAAAUAACUUUUGGACACAAUCUAUAUAACCGUUUUUAUUCUCUGUGCAAUCAUCUGUCAGUCGCUGACGUAGAUAGAAUGGUGCGAGACCAUCUUUGGAUUUUAGAUCUAGAAUUUUACCUUUCUCAAUUUAAAGGUAAUUCUUCGCUUGACUGUGUUGAUUUUAAAAUUGUUGAAAGUUUUUAAAUAAGAUAUUGACAUAGACCCAGUACGGUUUCUUUUCAUGGUCGCCAGUGCUUUAGUGUUGAUUACUCAAAAGUUUGGAAACUAUGUAGCCAGGAGUACAGGAAUCGUUCUCAUUUGGGAGUUAGUCAAACACAAAAAAAGGAUUAUUGGACAGUAUUUAACUAUUUACGACCGGGAGAAAAGAACAUUUUACCAUGAAAUUCCGAGGAAGGGGUAAAUCCGCCCCGAUUGUACAACUAACAGACGUGAUGGAGAGGGGGUACUUCCAACAGGUCCGGUUCUUCAUUGACCUGGGGAUAGACAUAGACUCCCCUAAUGGGAAUCAGAGGACCCCCUUAAUGUUGUGUUCUGUGAUGGAGCCCGAGGAGUGGGGGACGGGGAUCGCGCGCCUCCUGAUUGAGAAGGGGGCUCUCCUGGACUGUGUGGACAGAUACGGAAUGAACGCCAUGCAUUUAGCUUGCAUUUACGGCCGUGUAGAGCUGGCCCGAAUUCUUCUAAAUGCUCUGGACUUUGAUUUAACAGAGGGAGAUAAAUGGGGGAAUACCGUCCUUCACUACGCUGUCAGAGCGGGAAGCGUGCCGCUGGUCCGACUCGUGGUCCAUGCCCACAAGAAAUACAAAAUACAGAUGGACCGGAAAAACCGCGAGGGACUCUCGGCGCUGGAGGAGGCGCACAAGUUUUCUCACGGGCGCUGUGCGGCAAUUAUAUCCACGGCGGAGAGGAUAGCGGAGGAAGAUGUGGAACUACUUCUGCCGCCUCCCACACUAGACCUUAGGUUUUCCAAAGAGACACUAAAUACACACAGUGCUUCGGAGCGCUCCAUUAUACGCCCAAAGACCGCCUUUGUUACGCGGCGGGGCUCUCUGUCGAGCAGCAGUUCAACAUCCAGUAUAUACCUGGCACAGAGACCUAUAUUUGUGCGUGAAUUUGCAGGAGCUAGACGAGAAAAGUUACCCAAUGAGAAAGAUUUUAAUCAAAUCAUUCGUUGUGCUAGUUUAUCAGACUUCAGAAAUAACCCAGAAUAUUUGUACAAUUUAACUGUACCCGGUGCGAUUCCGCCAAACGGCAGUCAGACGGGACACAGACAAACAGACAGACCAAAGUCUUGCUAUGUUAGGCGCCCUAAUUCAGUGUCAAGUGAGGGUCCCGGCUUCAGUUGGCGGGUAGAGUUUAAAAAAUUGUUUGUGCAUUACGAAUACCAGUGUACCCCAUCCUACAGGGAUGCUGCUAAGUAUGUCCCCGGGGAACUCCCCUCACUGGACGGGAAUGUUUCCCCAGUUCCGCACGAAGACGUCGAGGAUGGAGAGCGAGGGAAAAAAGGAAAGCGGUGUGGGAGCGGGAAAAAGGAAGCGGCGGAAAAAACACGUAAACAAUCACAGCAGCAGCAGAAACAGCGCAAACAAUCGAACAUACAGGUCCCCCAGGACAAGGGAAAACAACAGUCGGCUACGUCACUGGACGGGUCACUGGGGUCUAGUAGUGAGUCUAUCGGAAGCAGUGGCGCGUCGUCUAAAAAGCAGCAGGGAAAUACCGGUGAUACGCAAAGCAAUAAACCGACGCGGGAAAAAUCCUCGACGGAGAGUCAUGGCCGCAUGAGUCGGACAAUGCAUUACGGAAAGAACGUCCCGCACGUGGCUGUUCAUGAUGGCGACGGAAGUUCCGGUGACGGAAGGACAUCCAAAACGCCACCUAUCGACCAAAACAGGCUAAAACCAUGAAAGCAUUUUUUUGUUGGAUGCAUUUAUCGUAUACCUACGUUUUAUGUACCGUGUACCGUAUAACCCAGAGCUUUGAUUAAUGGCGUUGCCAUGUUUGUCCAUUUUAUAUUUUAAUUCAAAGGAACCAUACUUGAGUAUUUAUAGUUCAGACUAUGGAUUAAGGAAUAGAAAUCAACUACUAGAACUGCAUUUAUGUUUGUUUCUAUCAUAAUGAACACACAAAGGAUAGUCGGACUUCAAUAACACGGACAAACACAUAAAACUAAUCUAAUAUUUACUCUGCAAUUUCCUUAAGUCAUGAAAAGGGACGGAACUAUGUUUCUGUGAAUAACAGGGCAGCAUUGAGCUGCAAAUAAAGCGACACGUAUUUGUCCGCAGUGACAAGUAUACGCCAUUACAUACCAAUCUUUCUGGCUUUAGACUGUGCUUAUAGAAUUUAAAUUAAAUACAAAUAUCACGCAGGUCUUUCAUUGUUGGAGAAUAUCAGAUAUGAUUGUCAUUAAAUUUCUUCUUGGUACGGAGUGAUUUCUUUUGCCUUCGAUCUAUCGACUAUAAGUUUUAGCUCUAGAGGAAUUCCCAAUGAUCCCAUAAAAUAACACAUGUUGUCAGUUUGCCAGCUGUAGAAAUUGUGUUUAUUGUGGUGGAGACUCCAAUUGUCACCCUCUUAGCUCAACUAUAGUGCAAUAAAUACUUAUUGUAUAAGUCAGAACAAUCUUAUAUUAAGGUUUGGAGUGCAUGUACUCUUUGUACGAGACUGUAUAAAAUCAAUGAGUAUAUUCAGAUGUCCCCAGGCCUUUCUUAUCCCUAUAUAUAAGUGUUUAGUCGCUUAAUUU